CGUCGUACCAAUUUAAAAAAAUUAUGCAACAAUCAUUUCUAGCCGGAGAGCACUAAAAAUUGUAACCCGCCAAGAGUAUAAAUGAGCUGUGCCCUGCAUUUGCCAAACUGCGUUGUUCUUUGUUCGUAAUAGCUGCUCUUUCACGAUUGCUCGUAUUAUGACGGCGCUGCAAACUGGUAGAAUUGAAGUCUGCAUGCAAUCCUUGCGUCUAGGAACAAACCGCGAUGAAGCUGAAGUCAUUUGAGCACUGGGCUGUUGACAAUAGCGUUGUUGUGCGCACCCGCGCCACAAUCGCCGUGCAGCGAUAACCGAUUCCGUCCUUCCCUUGCAAUAAAAUCGUAGCGAUAGUUCAAGCAAUAACCCGCUAUAUGUCGGUGGUUCUAGGCAGAAGCCGGUGCCAGGAUCGACGGUGCUUGGAAAUGCGGUCUGUAAAGGCGACGAAGAACGACCGAUGAGGGCAACAUUCCGCGUUAUCAUGACCAUCUCAGAUGUCCCGACGCCGCAACUAUAGCAAAGCGAACGAUGCAUUCAAACGCGAGUGUGACACACCUUAUCGUCUAUCGUCGUUCGAAAGAUCGUCAGCCUAAGUACGUCGGUGUCAUGCGCACAGCGGUUCGCUGCGCCGACGCCCCCCAAAUCCCACCUCCUCAAGCACCGCCCGAUCCCAACCCUUAGCUAAGCCUAACACACGCGCGCGACCCUUCCGUGCGCGUCGUCUGGUCCGAUCGCGCGCCGAGCUAAGCCUAAGCCCCAUCUGCCGCGCCGUGUGAGCAUGCCUUCGUUGGCCGACAGUGCCGCGGCUUCGUCGAGGGUUGGCACCACCACGCCACUGCCCGUGGCCAGUCUCGGCCCUCCCGCGAGCGGUCCACCGCUGUGUCCGUCGGACGAGAGCGUACUCGAGAGCCUCGUCGCGGUGUUGGUGGCGGCGAUCAUUUUCCUGGCGGCGCUGGUUCUCGCCGUGCUCCUGUUCGCGUGCUCGUCGCAGCAGGCGAGGCGCGAGCCGCCGCGCUGCAGUCGCGACCAUCAUCACCACCACCACUGCAAGAGACGUCGCCGCCGAACUUCUCAGGAGGUCCGCUCGCGGGCCAGGUACUGCUGCGGCGACGGCCACGACCUCCCGGAGGACGUCGAGCAGUACUGCGACGGUCGCGAGCUGAGUGCGACCCCGGUCGGCGGCGGGAUGCCUCGACGCUUCGAUUACGGCGGCAGCGGUCGGUCGUCUUCGACCGACGCCGCGGCCAGGAAGUCGCCGUACCACCCGGGGUACAACAGCCCGGCGACGGCUUCGAGGCCGUCGAGGCAACGCGAGGGAUACCGCAUGGCCAGGUACACGAGUAGCGGAGCGCACUCGGAUCUGACUCCGGCCUUGCACUCUACAGAGAUGUUCCAAUCCAGUCUUUCACGUCAUCCGACUCGAGAGCGCCUUGCCGCGGCGGCGGCGGUCGGAACGGCAAGGCCCCCUAGCGGCGACACGAGCGACUCCUCGCGGCACAGCGGCCAAACCUGCGUCGAGACCGGCUCCGACACGCGUUCCCUCGAGUGGGACAACUUCCAGCCUCCCCUGGCCGCGGCUGCCGCACUCUGGCCAUCCUCCAGUGAACUGUGCACCGAGAACUCGCUCAGCAACGCGACCAUGGACGGCUCGCAACAGCAGCGACGACCGCUGUUCGCUGAAAGCCAACACUGGGUGUGACGCCAGCGCCUAAAAGGCCGCUGGACGUCGCAGCACACCGACCAUUUGUCGCGCUCUUCGCUCCUUCUGAUUUGAUCCUUCCCACCCUCUCGCUCACACACAGACGCCCGCCUAAGUUAACGAUGAUAAGCAUUGCAUCGCUCAUCCACCGUCUCAAUGCGUGACCUAAUAAAGUGUCCCGCCCAGAA